UAUCUUAGUCAGUCAUAGUCUUAAGUCGCGGUCAGUCAUUUACGAGGCUAUAAUAUCCAUUAUUAAUUUUGUUGUCCUUAGAGUGAAACAGUGCUGGUAUUAAUGUGAACUUAUAUGUUACCUGGUAAUUGCAGUUUUUGUAUACUUCAUUGGUUUCGUGCAAUAAUUGUGAAGGAUUAAGUACUGUAUUAUCCUAACCACAAAAUAAUACGAUUUGACAUUGACUAAACUACCAUACGUUCACAAAAAUGUAAAAUAAUGUUUCUUGGAAAUAAAUCUGCAUCAUUAUUAUUAAACAAGAAGAAUAAAGAAUAAAAACAAUGGAAGAGCAAAAUGAAAAUAAUACAAAAGCAGUGGAUCAGAAGAGCGGAGUUCUAUCAUUAGCAAAAUCAUUUGCAACAAAAUUAGCAACAGUGGGAAUAAUUUGGGGUUGGGGUUAUAUGAAUUGGAGUAUUGCAUGGCUCAUUGGACCUGUAAUUCUUUCUGUAUGGAAAAUGGAAAAGAAACGAGAUAAUGAAUUACGAAGGAUAACAGCUCAGGCAAUGGCUAUGUCUCAAGAAAAACAGAUUAUAAUGAAUAGAUUGGAUGAGCUUCCUUCUUGGGUUUACUUUCCAGACUUUGAUCGUGCUGAAUGGUUAAAUCGGAUUUUAUACAAAACCUGGCCAAGCAUGAACGAGUUUGUUCGUGGAUUAGUGAAGCAAAGCAUACAACCUGCCAUUGUGGAACGAUUAGCAGAUUAUAAAAUGAAAGGAUUCCAAUUUGAAAGAUUAGUCUUGGGCCGCAUUCCUGCGAAAAUAUGCGGAAUAAAAGUCUACGAUAAAAAUACAUCAAGGAAUGAAAUUAUCUUAGAUGCUGACAUAUUAUAUGCUGGCGAUUGCGACAUUACUUUCUCCUUCGGAAAUCUCAAAGGAGGCAUCAAGGAUUUUCAGAUUCGCGGAAUGAUAAGAGUAGUAAUGAAACCAAUGAUUUCCGUAAUGCCGCUGAUUGGUGGGUUACAAAUAUUCUUUUUAAAUAAUCCUACCAUCGAUUUCAAUUUAGUAGGAGCGGUAGAUGUUUUGGAUUUACCCGGUUUCAGUGAUGUACUUCGGAAAACAAUUGUCGAACAAAUUGGCGCUAUUCUAGUCCUGCCAAAUAAAUUGGCAAUACCACUUAGUCCCGAAAUUCCUGCUGAGAUGCUAAAGACACCUGAACCAGAGGGUGUUCUGAGAAUUCAUGUAGUACAAGCGAAGCAUCUUAUGAAAAAAGACAUUGGUAUGUUGGGCAAAGGAAAAUCCGAUCCCUACGCAGUUAUAAAUAUUGGCGCAGAAGAAUUCCGCACAAAAACUAUUGACAACACGGUUGAUCCAAAAUGGGAUUACUGGUGUGAGGUCACAAUCUUCUCCAGCAUUAGUCAGGAAGCUGUACUGUCCUUAUGGGACUGGGACCCGGUUGUACCGGGUAUUCGAGACGACGAUUUUCUUGGAAGAGCCACUAUCGAAGUUAACCGUGUUAAGCUGAAGGGAACGAUAGAUACGUGGGUCGCUCUGGAAUUUGCAAAACAUGGAAUGGUCCACUUACGUCUGACUUGGCUUCAACUCACUAAAAAUGUAUCUGAUUUAUCGGCGGCUUUGAACGAAAUUCAUCAACUUCGAGUUACCUCGCUAAGCUCUGCGCUUUUGAUUCUCUAUAUCGAUUCAGCCAAAAAUUUACCGUGCCUCAAAGGAAAUAAGCAACCCGACGUUUACUUAGAAGCUAGUGUCAGCAAUCGUAGUAAGAGAACUACCACAAUGCUGAGAUCAUGUGAUCCCGUUUGGGAACAAGGUUUUACCUUUCUGGUGUCCAAUCCCGAAAACGACACUUUGCAAAUAAAGAUUCACGAUGAAAAGACUAGCACAAUUAUUGGAGUAAUGAGUUUCAAUCUGUCUCUUCUUUUGGAUAAAGAAAAUCUAGAAAUAAUCCAACAGCCAUACACUUUACAACACGCCAGUGAAGAGGCAAAAUUGGUUCUAUCAAUGGCACUCAGAAUCCUAAAAUACGAGGAACCAGAAGCUACUUUCGAAGAGGAUGAAGAUGAUCAUGAUAUAAAUGAAUUAAAUAAAAAGAUUGAAAGACAAGAGUCAAACAACACGCCUUCGAGCAGCCUACCUCCGAGUCCAUUGAGAAAGCAAUCAUCAAAGGAAUCAGUACACAGUAUUGCUAGUAGUGCAAUCUCUUCGUCUGCAGGUGGAUUGAUUGUAGCAGCCCCAGUUGCUGAGGAAUCAAUCGAAGAGACAAUAACUCCUGAUUCUGCAGCUCUCUCAAUACAGACUACUCCUGGAUUAAUCCACAGGAAUCUCAGUGUGACAUCAUCAGCUGGCGAAGCAAAACUCGGUAGAAUUCAAUUGACAUUGCGCUACAGCGUGCCUAGACAAAAACUGAUAGUUGUGGUCCAUAAAGUCGCCAAUUUACCACUUCCUCAAAAUGACCCAAGCAACAUACCAGAUCCAUACGUGAAGCUUUAUCUUCUGCCUGAUAAGCAUAAAGAAACAAAAAGGAAAACUGCUGUAAUGAAAGAUAACUGCAGUCCAGUGUUCGACGAGCAAUUUGAUUAUGUGAUUUCGCAGGCCGAUCUAGAAACUCGUACACUUGAAAUAUCAGUUUGCACACAAAAGGGUUGGCUGUCUACUGGCAGUAACGUUAUGGGACAAGUACAUAUGACAUUUGCGGAUAUGGACUUGACCCAACCGUUAACUAGCUGGUAUGAUUUGAUGCCAGAAAGCAAGGACUAAAGCGAAAGGAAAUAUGAUGAUAAUGAUGAAAUUUAUAAAUUCUCAAUCUAAUUUAAACGCAUGAACUUUUUUCAGUUUAUUUUGAUGAUUUAUACACAGUGGAUGACAUAGAUUUGGGUAAACAUAUAUAGAUGCGUACCAUUAGAACUCGAUUAGAUAAAUAGACGUCAACUUGUAUACCACCCAGUCGAAAAACAGUUCCUUUCAAGGUUUGAAUAAGUUCUAAUCAUGUUUGUAAGGUAUUCUUACCGACCGAUAUUUAUAGGUAGUAGUAUUGCUUAUCGAAUAUGUAUUAAUACGCGUAAACGAUUACAAUUGUUUUCAUUAACAUCGAUUUGCAUCGAAAAGUGUCAAGCAAAAUUAUUUAAGUCAUGCAAAUUCGUAGUCUGAUUUUAACAGGUAUCAACUUUGUUUAUAUUUCCUAAAAUGGUUGAACUAAUAGCUGCUCUCUUUGGAAACAAUUAUUUGACACUAAUUACAUGGAAUAUCAAAUAAUUCAAUCGCAACAUUAAUUAUAUAUGUAAUUGACUUUAUAUAUUGUUUGCAAUCACAGUUUGUUUAUAACCUAGUAAGAAAUGUUGUUGUUGCAAAAAUGUAUCGAAGUUUGCAAACUUUUCUCGUUUUAGAUCUCUUUUUUUUGUGAUGAAACACUUAUUCACCAUUUUACAGAACAGGAACUUUCUUUUCUGUUUAAUGAAUCCUCUCUAAAUUAUAUAUUUUUUAUUCUUGAUUUUUCUAUCAGUCAGUGAUAGUUAAAGUAUAAUCCGCCCAAAAAUGAACACUUAGUCAAUCGGUAUAAUGUGAAUAUGGCAAUAUUCAAAAUUAAAGCAUGCAAGAUGAUUAUGAAGAAAUAUGUGCGUUACAUUUGAUGGAGAUAGUUAUAGCGGAACCAGAAAAAGGAAAGCAUGACUUCCACUUAUGAUAUUGUAUGUAUAUUAUUUUCAUAAAAAUAUACAAUGCAACGUACAUAAUAUGUUGCAUUCUACUACUAAUAGUUUUUCAUUUGCUAUCUUCUGAUAUAGCAGAAACAAAGUAACCAUAAGUUAAUGUGAAGAGAUAUCAUUCAUAUUUGAAACGAUUUACAGCAUUUAAAAAUCUCAUUUUGUUACUUUAUUUUAGUACAUUUAUUUUUGUUGUAUUACAACCACGCUUAAUUUACUUAAUAUCUUAUUUAUCUACAGCUGGACAUUAAUACAAAGCGAUGAGCGUUAAUCAUUGUUAGUGCCGGCUUCACUGCGAUUUGUAAAUGAGUUAACGUCAUCUAUAAAGCAUGGCUGAUAUGUUGAUCCUAAUAUAUAUAUAUAUAUAUAUACACACACACAUACACUAAAAAUACUAAUCAUGAUACAUAUACGUUAGUUAUAUUUAUAUAAAAUUGUUUUAUUGUAUCAUGUGUACUGUACCAUACUAUUCUUUACACUAUUGUACAUACAGUGAUACAAUUUUGGCUAACGAAUAAAGAUAACUUGCAGUUGCAA